CACUUCAUUAUUUAUAACACACUUUGUACCACUUUCAAAACUAGUAGAUCAGAGAUGUUCUCAAAGUUACCAUCCAAACUAUUGCGCACUUCCAACUCUUUUAACAAAACAAGUGAUAACCAAAUUGUCACCACAGUACUACAGCGUUUGUACUCCAACAAUGUCGUCGUCAUCGGAGGCGGCGCUAUGGGCUCCUCUGUGGCCUACUGGCUGAAAGAAAAAUCGUCCAAAAGCUCUCAAAACGUCAACGUCACAGUCAUAGAAAAAGACCCAACGUACUCCAAGUGCUCCACAGCUUUGUCAGUCGGAGGAAUCCGCCAACAAUUCUCGGUCCCCGAAAACAUCCAGAUGUCUCUGUUCGGUGCCAGAUUCAUCCAAAACCUCAAAGAACGAUUCGGACCAGAGGCCGACAUUUCGUACAUGCCUUACGGCUACUUGAUACUAGCAAGCGAAAAAGGAGCCCCCCAACUGGACCAAAACUUCCAACUACAGACAAAACUGGGGGCUACGAACACACUGUUGUCCAAACGGCAGCUCCAGGAAAGGUUUCGGUGGCUGAAUGUCGACGACGUGGAACUAGGGUGUCUCGGGUGCGAUAAAGAGGGCUGGUUUGACCCAUGGGGGCUGCUGUCUUUGCUAAAACGGGGCGCUGCGGGGAAAGGAGCCACGUUCGUCCAAGGGGAAAUAGUAGAUUUUGUUUUUGGUGUCAGUGGUGAGCCCCAGGGGGUCAAAGUCCGGUUACCCAGCAAAGAAGAACAAACUCUUCAGUUUGAUUCGUGUGUCUUAGCAGCUGGGGCAGAGUCUGGGAAGAUCGCGAAGUUGGCUAGAAUUGGACUGGGGUCAGGUGGUUUAGCGGUGCCUCUACCCGUCGAAAAAAGGAAGCGCUUCGUCUAUAGGUUUGAUAGUCAAGGUACGAAAGCCCCUCCUUUGAGGUCCCCACUGACUAUAGAUUUCACGGGGGCGUACUUUAGGAAUGAUGGGGUUUCAUACAUUGGAGGGGCGUCUCCUAAGCCUGAGGAUGAACCCACAACUGAGAAUUUGGACGUCGAUUUUGACUUUUUUGAUCGGUAUUUGUGGACACUUUUGGCUAAGAGGAUACCAGCGUUUGAGAGCCUUAAGGUUAAAGGUGCCUGGGGAGGGUACUACGAAUAUAACACUUUCGACGAGAACGGUAUUAUAGGAGGUCACAAUGUUUAUAAGAAUUUGUAUUUUGCAACAGGCUUCAGCGGUCAUGGUAUUCAGCAGUCCCCAGCCGUGGGUCUCGCCAUCGCCGAGCUCCUCCUCGACGGCAAAUUCCAAACCAUCGACCUCUCGAGGUUAGGUUUCGACAGACUCAUCACACACAAACCGUUAUAUGAAACUGAAAUUUAUUAAGUUCCGAUUCUUAUAAAACUACCACUGAAUUUGUACACCAACAAUGAAAAGUGAGCAAAUUUUAAAUAAGACAUUAAAUGGCGAUGAUAUGAG